AUGGCACCACCCACAAUGCAAGCGUUCAAAGACCGCUGUUUGCAGUGUGAUGCUGUCUCCUGGGGCCUCACUGAUGAAGGCAAAUACUAUUGUAUUUCCUGUCACAAUGUCACAGAUCGAUCUGAAGAAGUUGUGAGCACCGCGGUCAUUCCGAACACCAGGAUCAGCUCCAUUAGCAAGGGGCUGAGGAAGAGAAGCAAAUAUGAGAAAGGCUGGGAUUGGUAUGUAUGUGAAGGUUUUCAGUGCAUACUUUAUCACCAAGCAAAAGCCCUGGAGACCCUUGGAGUAGGCCCAGAGCUAAAGAAUGAAGUUUUACACAAUUUUUGGAAACGCUACCUUCAGAAGAGCAAGCAGGCCUAUUGUAAAGACCCAGUUUGUACAAGUGGAAGGAAAGCCAAGGUAUCUCAGGACAGUCUGCAGGGUUCAGACUGGGACAGUGUUGUUGAGCUACUAAGUGGUACCACCUGCUUCCUUGAAAAUGGAGCAGAAUUCCAGUCUGAUCCCCAGAUUCCAAAGCCUUCCCCUGUCACCAAAAGAUCACCAAAGUCAGCGGCAUAUGUCUGCUCUGGAUCUAUUGAUGGAGUGGAGUACUCAGAGUGGAAGGAGAAGAGGGUCGUGAAGAUGACUGUGCCCAAGACACUCGCUCUCUGCUAUCUGUCCUUGCUCUGGCAGAGAGAAACAAUUACUCUUUCAGACCUUUUGAGGUUUGUUGAAGAGGACCGUAUUCCAUAUGUCAAUGCUUUUCAGCUUUUCCCAGAAGAGAUGAAAGUGUAUGGUCGUGACAAAGGCAUCUUCGCUAUAGAGUCAUGGCCUGUCUAUGAAGACAUCUAUAAAAACAUGAUCGAAGUCGCUGUGUUUCUAGACUUGCCUCGUUUCCCAGACAUAACUGAAGACUGCUACCUCCAUCCCAACACCUUGUGUAUGAAAUACUUACUGGAGCUCAAUCUCCCUGAUGAAAUGCACAGUUUAACCUGCCAAGUGGUAAAGUUGACUGGAAUUGGAGAAGUGGGUUUUCUGACGUUUGAUCCUAUAGCUAAAAUGAAAAGGACAGUUAAAUAUGAUGUGCAGGCUGUGGCUGUCAUUGUGGUUGUGUUGAAACUGCUCUUUUUGCUGGAUGACAAGUUAGAAUGGUCUUACUCGGAUCUUGCUGAAGCGUAUAACGAAGGACACAGAGAAGAUAAGCCACAGUUUAAUUUCAGAAAAUGGUACCAAGUUAUGAAGAAAGCUUUUGAUGAGAAAAAACAAAAACGGGAAGAAGCAAGGGCCAGGUAUGCUUGGAAAACCAAACGGCCACUCUACCUUUCACACAUCGACAGGUCAGUCGCAUACAAGAGAAGAGAAAUGGUUGAAAAUCUUCAAAAGCAAUUUAGAGCCCUGGCUGGUUCAACACCUGUGGUUGAAAAGAAAGGCCCUUCAAGUUUUCAGUUCAACUGGACUGAAGAAGACACCAACAGCCCUUGUUUCCAUGGACACAGCCUCCAGGGACUCCUGAUAAAGAAAGGCGAGUCCUUGCUCACCAAGAACUCACUGUAUUGGCUCAGUACCCAGAAGUUCUGCAAAAGCUAUUAUUGUAAACACGCGACAACAUAUGAAGAAUCAAACUUUUCUCUGAGUUACCAGUUUAUACUAAACAUUUUCUCCUUCCUACUGAGAAUAAAGACCUCUGCCCUCCAUGAAGAAGUGAGCUUACUUGAAAAGAAACUUUUUGAAAAAAAAUACAGUGAAUCAAAAAAGAGCUCAAGACCCAAGAAAGUAAGAAGAAGACACUAAGAAGACAGAGGGGCUUGU